AUGCAACAAGCUGCCAGUCGAAUUGAGAGUGUCAUUGUCGGCGAUUUGCCAGAUCAAUCCGCAACUAUUGAUGAUAUCCCCGCCCAUUAUCAAUGUACAGAUAUCCCCUCGACAAUCGACGACAUGUGGAUUUGCAACCAAAUGGAUGACUCGUUGCCCGACUUUGUAGAAGGAACAGGCGGGUACGACUCGGUCCGAUUCGGUGAAGGCAACUUGUUGCCUUACAUUGGAUUCAUUAGCCUGAAUCCAUCGGUUGCAAACCAUCCCUCGGCAGUUUUGCUGCAUGAGAUGUUUCAUUCGGUUGGUUUUGGAACUGUAUGGAUCUUCAUGGGCCUGAUCGAUAGUUCCACGCCACCCUGCUCCUACAGUGGCUCGGCAGCAACUGCAGAAUUCCAAUCCAUUAGUGGUUGUUCAACGGCGGAGAUUCCCAUGCCAGAGACAGACUCAUGUCAGCACUGGGGGGAGUCGUGCUUGCAAGAGGAGCUAAUGACACCCAUGCUGGUCGACGCCGCCGACGGGUCUACACCGUUUCAACUGAGCCGGAUUACGAUUGCAUCGCUGCAAGACAUGGGUUACCAAGUGGACUAUGGAGCCGCUGAUCCGUACACGUCGGCAAACAUGGGCAGCAGCUGCACUUGCAACAGCAGGAGAUUUCGCCGUGACGACCACUUCAGCCCAAUACCGGCCAUGAGCGAUGAGUUGCAGAGGAAAGCCGUUGCAUACGGUCGUCAAGUUUUGACCAAGAAACGCCAACAACGGCAGAGGCGUUUGAAGAACCAUUUCCGUCACAAACCUCAGCACGACAGUGAUGGUUCAAAGUACGUUGGCGACCAGUUUAUCUUUCUGAUGGUCAGAGAAGGCAAUGUUCGGUAUUCGAUGAUUGUCACGAACUCAUAG